AUGGCUGAUGACAAGAGAUUGGUACCAAGCUUGCAAAAAAACGCGUUACUCUCAGUCCAAAAAGAGGCAUACCCGUACCAGUGGCCAAUUACUGUUGUUCAACGAAUCCUGCAAGUUGAAAUGAUCGCCAAGGUUCCCAAAUUGCAGUGCAUAGCGGCAGUAUCGUCAGCUUUCAAGUCUUCAGUAGCGGAAGCUCCUCAAUCUAGCUGUUGUGUACUGAAUGGUCUUUCGGUUCUUGAAACACGGCUCGUCGGACCUUCGCAGAUCGACUUCCCCGGGUACGAAAUUGUCGAAUUGCUUGCGGAGAUGUGGAAAGGUCGGCUCCAUAGAUAUGCACAUUCCGAUUCGAAGCAAAGCUUGUUGGGGAGCGAACUUGAGAGCUCUUGA